GCUGAUCUGGGAGGACCCGGCGGGUGGCCCGGCCAGGCGACCAGCUUUAGGGUGAGUUCCUCGCCGACGCCAGGCCGCUUACGUGCCUCCGUGCGGGCGUGCGCGCGCCUCUGCCCCCUCCCCUCCCCUCCCCUCCCCUCCGCUGAAACAUCAAAAGCCCGCCGCGGUAUAAAAGCCGAGUGGAGGGCAGAAACAGAGGAGGGCCGAGGCAGCGCGGAGCAGGCAGCUGGUCGGGGGCUGGUGUGGAUGCGCCCAGACUGCCGCCCGCCCAUGGCUUCGUAGCGCCAGGCACUCGCCAUGAACGUGGUGGGGAGCUACCAGGGCCACCCGCACCCGCACCAUCACCCGCACAGCGCUCUGCUGCACGAGCCGUUUCUCUUUGGGCCACCCCCGCCGCCGCCGCCGCCUGCGCGAUGCUUCCCGGCGGCGGCGGCGGCGGCGGCCGAACGGCCCUUCGCGCAGGGCUGGCUGCUGAGCGCGGCGUCGGCCGAGCUGUCUCCGCCGCCUCAGCCCCCGCCGCCGGAGCUGGUGUGCGCUGCGGCCGGGUUGGCCUCCUCGGCUUCGCCUUCUUCGUCGUACGGCAGCAGCCCCUCGGAGCUGGGCGGGCGCCUGGCGGGGAGACGGCGGGCCGGGCCCGCGCCGGGAGCCCCGCGCAAGGAGCGGCGUCGCACCGAGAGCCUCAACAGCGCCUUCGCCGAGCUGCGCGAGUGCAUCCCCAACGUGCCGGCCGACACGAAGCUCUCCAAGAUCAAGACGCUGCGCCUGGCCACCAGCUACAUCGCUUACCUCAUGGAGGUGCUCGCCAAGGACGGCCCGGCCGCCGAGGGCUUCAAGGCCGAGCUCAAGAAGGCCGAGCCCCGCGACGCCAAGAGGAAGCGCGAGCAGCCGCCCGUGGGAUAUUCUCACACUCUAGGUCACGGCGAAAAAAGGCUUAAGGGCAGGACUGGGUGGCCUCAGCAGGUCUGGGCGCUGGAACUGAAUCAAUGACCCCCGGAAUUUCCCGACGCGACGAAGAGUCUCCAACUGUGGCGGCGGUCUGGACGGGGCGGCACAGCGGGGCUCUUCUCCGCGGCCCGCCUUCCCCUCUUCCCUGCCGCGCCAAAGAGCAGCCGUGCAGCUCUUCCCUUCCUUUGCUUUCCGUCUGCCUUCCCUUCCGAAGCGUCGGAGGGCCCGUGCAAUGUGGGAGCCGCGGUGGAGGAUACUACACGCCUAGAAGAGGGGAGACCGAGAAGUAGCCGGCCGCCCCUUAGCUGGCCUUGGAUCCGAAGCCAUUCACAGACACGUGCUUCACGGCCCGGACAGCUCUCUGCCUCCUGGGCGAGGCCAAAAGGGAGGCGCCUCCUCGGAGAGCCAAGCGUUUGCGUCCCCCGCGGCCUGUUUUAAAUCUGGCAGAACAGGAUGCGUCGUCCUCCGCGUAACUUUUUCGGAAGGAUCCCCCCGCCAAAAAAAACAAAACAAAAAAACACGGCCCUAAGAGGAUGGAAGCGAGGAUCGAGGCGAGCGGGUGACUUUCCAACAACCUGCUUGGAUUUCUUGGACGCCGCAGGUUUCCGCGCCCGGGGAAGGAGAGGACUCUCGUGGGCAACGGAGAAGCCGCCCGGGCGCCUUUCCUCGGAAGGAAGGGACACCGCGAGACACGAGGUAGCGAAGGGGGCAACGCGGCACCGCCCUUCCUCGGUCGGCAACGCGGCGCUUCGCCCGUCCCUGGGUUUCGCCAGCAGCAGCGUGGAAGGCCCCGGGUGUCCAGACAGCUUCCCCACGUCGGCACCGCGGCAACCUCCUUCCUUCCCACCACCCGCAGCUACCAUUGGCCGUGCCGCCCGCGCACGAGGAGGGUUUAUCCUGUUCGCUUCGGCGGGCCCGGGUGGGGGAAGACUCUGGCUACCCGCGUCCGUUCCGUGCCUUUCUUAGCCCUCCCUGCAGCGCCUCUGCGACGCUCCCUGCAGAAGUGGCGUGGAAGCGAAUCCGGCCGGAGUAGGUUCCCGUCACGCUCUCGAUUCCGACGUUGAUCCCGCUGAAACUGGCACCGUCGCCCGUCUCAGAUUCGACCUGGGCGCCGUCGCGGGGAUGACAAGGCCUUCCAGAAAUCAGGGCGGCUGGUCGCUGGGGAGGUUUCCGUCCCUUUUCCUGAGGCGGGAGAUAUGCCGGUCCGGUCCGCAACAGUCAAGCACUUUCUAACCGCCCAUUGAUUUCAGCGGGAGAGUUAAGCACAUUAUUAUAAUCCUCCCACUGAAAUCCAUGGGACAUAAACAUGCUUCCCUUUGGCUGGACUGUGCUUAGUGCUUUUAAAACAUGUAAAUAAAUAAUACAUUGAGGUC